AUAGAAAAAAAGCCCCAUCUCUCUCUCUCUCUCUCUCUCUCUCUCUCUCUCUCUCUCUCUGUUUUGCUGGCUGCUUGUUUCCUUACCAAUUUCUUUGCAAAGUCUUACUUGAGAAAAUUCUUGAGCUUUAGCUGACCACGAACAAGUUUUCUCGUUCGCUCGCUUUUCUAGGGUUUGAUCUUGCUCCUGUUCUCUGGAUUUCGCUUGUGCGGGGAGGGGUCAGUUCGUGAUUCUGAAGUUUUGCGUUGCUUUCUCCAGAAGAAAGCUUGCUUUCUUUUAGUGUAGAUCUGGAAGAUUUGUGUGUUUCCUCUUGGAUUUUUGAUUCUGCAAAAAUUUUGAGCUUGUGAUGGCUAGGCGUUACGAUAGCAACCCUUUCGACGAAGAAGAUGAAGUUAAUCCCUUUGCGGAUCAAGCAGGUCGGGGCAAAGUAUCAGGACAGUCAGCCUAUGGUGGAGGUUCAUUUUAUACAACAAAUCCGGGCAGCGUUCCCUCUGCUGCAAACUCAAGGCUUGCUCCACUUCCACAUGAGCCUGCAGAUUUUGCCUAUGAUCGUGGUGCAACAAUUGACAUCCCCCUUGACACUGCUAGUUCAAACUAUCAGGAUUUAAAAAAGAAAGAGAAGGAACUUCAAGCGAAGGAAGCUGAAUUGAGGAGGAGGGAACAGGAAGUGAAGCGGAAAGAAGAAGCUGCAGCACGAGCUGGAAUUGUCCUUGAGGAGAAAAAUUGGCCGCCAUUUUUCCCCAUUAUCCAUCAUGAUAUUGCAAAUGAAAUACCGGUUUAUCUACAAAAAUUGCAGUAUGUGGCAUUUACAACAUUAUUAGGAUUGGCACUGGCUCUUACGUGGAAUGUUAUAGCUGUUACUGCUGCAUGGAUCAAAGGAGAAGGUGUAAAAAUAUGGUUCCUUGCCAUUAUCUACUUCAUAGCAGGGGUUCCAGGAGCCUAUGUGUUGUGGUAUCGCCCGCUAUAUCGUGCUUUCAGGAAUGAAAGUGCUUUAAAAUUUGGAUGGUUUUUCCUGUUUUAUUUGCUUCACAUUGGCUUCUGCAUCCUUGCCGCUGUUGCUCCUCCAAUAGUUUUCAAAGGAAAAUCUCUUACUGGUAUCCUGGCUGCAGUAGAUGUUUUUGGUGACCAUGCUUUGGUUGGGAUCUUCUACUUUAUUGGAUUUGGAAUAUUCUGUGUUGAGACAGUGCUCAGCAUCUGGGUUAUUCAGGUCCAAUUUAUACUUUCUCCUCUCUCUCUCUCUCCCCAGUGGACAAGAACACUUUCUGCUGCAUCAGCCAUCAUCUCUUCAUUUCUGCGAAUUCACAUUUAUGUCCAUUUUGUUGCAGCAAGUGUACAUGUAUUUCAGAGGCAGCGGGAAAGCUGCGGAGAUGAAGCGCGAGGCUGCCAGAGGAGCCAUGAGAGCAGCCCUGUGAUACCAAUGUUGAAACCACUUCAAGCAGCAGCAAGAUUGUAUGUCAUGCUUCGGCACGCCUGUUCAUAACUUGUUUUGAGUGCCAGUUUGGUUUUUGAUGUAUUUUGAUAGCACAUGUGAUAUGAUUAGGAGACUUGACAAAGCAAGGGCUUGGUACAGACGUGCUCAAACCAUACGUGUAUUUGUUAAUCAUACUGGUAUCUUAAUUUUAUGAGUUAUUUUUACA